AUGCUAGGGUGGAAGCUCACACCAAAUCGAAACAAGCUUGGAGUACAAAAGAACAACAUAGCACUGGUGGACUUUAUACUCGCUGUGAAAGUAGACCACAAGGUUGUCUUACAACCAGAGGAGCAACUAGCAUCGAAUGUGUACCAUGGCUCUAACAAACCACAGGAAAGUGGUGUAAGUUCUGGAACUAAACAUAAUCCAAAAUGUACAAAUGUACACGGUGUGAUACAUUUUAUACAACAUCAAGAAAAUGGAGCGGUGACAGUAACGGGUGAAAUACGAAAUUUGGCACCAAAUUGUCGACACGGUUUUCACAUACAUGAAUUUGGUGAUACAUCAACAGUUGAUCGUAAUGGGAUUGCUCGUAUAAGUCUUACAGAUAAUGUUAUAUCACUAAGUGGCCCCCAUUCAAUCAUUGGUCGAUGUAUUGUUGUUCAUGCUGAUGAAGAUGAUCUAGGUCGUGGCGGAAGCAGCGAUAGUAAAACAACAGGUCAUGCCGGUGCUCGACUGGCUUGUGGCGUUAUUGGACAAGCUAAACCUGAAUAA